AUGGCCGCCAGCAAACCCUUCUGGACUCUCGUUCGCGUCCUCUGGGGUGACGUUCAGACGAAUCAGCCGUGGCAACGCAUCCUCAAGUACUCGAUUGCCUGCGUUGGUGCCCUGAUACUCGCCAUUCUCCCCCAUUUUAAGAGCCGCGAGACCUUCCUCAUCCCCAUGGUCGUCGUCUUUGGCCACCCGGGCCAGCGCAUGGGCAUCAUGAUGGAGUCACUGCUCAUGAUCCUCCUCGGCGCCCUCCUCGGCGUUCUCUGGUCGCUGCUGGGGCUGUACUUGGCCAACCUGACCGUUAUCCAAGAUCGCUCCGCCGCAUACGCCGUCCGCGGCCUCUUCCUGCUUGUCGCGGCGCUGGUGCAUGGCUUCGUCCGCUCGCAUAGCCCGCCACUCUUCAACUUUGUCUUAUUCAUGCUGGUCGCUGUCAUCAUCACGGUGCAGGCUCCUACCAGCGAAACCGUAGGGCUCUUUACAAAUAUUUACGUGCCUGUGUGCAUGGGGGUGGCAGUGUCCUUGCUCGCCAACCUGGCGCUCUUCCCUGAAUUGUCCAGCAGCUAUCUGGGAGACUCGGCCAUUAAUACGAUUUCCGAGGCCAUGGAAGCAUUGACACGUUCCACCUACUGGUUCGUGACGCCGGGAGGAGACUGCGAGGAGGUCAGGCAGCAGCGUGCGCGACUAUAUAGCGCCACCUCCCGCAAAAGCCGGGCCUCGGAUCCGUCGCUCCCGUUUCUCCGACGACUCACGGCCACCCGAAAAUGGCGUGCAUUUGCCGCCGAGUUUCCCAAUCCAUUCAAAUCGCCUAGUCUCGCAAGCCAAUUCAAGAUGCCAGUUGAGCUCACAUCCCUCGCCAGUUUGACAGACUGCAAAAUCAAGCUGCGAUCUCAGCUGCGCGCCUGUCGUGCGGCGCAAAAUGAAGUCAAUUUUGAAGUAUCUCUUUCCAAACUGCCGCCCGAUCUGAUGAGACCUAUUACCAUGAACUCCAUAACAAACCUUAUACAGGGCAUCAUAACUGCCAUCGGUGCCUGCGAAAACAAGUUUGUCCUGCUCGACGCAAGUACCGCGAAGCCGGCAUCAACCAGGCCGCAGACCGCCAACGUUUCGUCCAGUACUACACAAUCUUCCCAAAAUCUUCCAAAAUCUUCCAAAGUCCGAAAGCGAAAGGCCGGGCGAAGGCAACGCACAGAAGACGUCAAACCAACCAAGGAGAUCGAGGCUGGCAAUGCCGAGCUUGUCGAACAUCUUUUGACCUGCAUUCGGGAUCCAGUCAUGACUCUUCAUCAAUCUAUCAAAGAAGCCGUCUCCACUCUUAUGGAGUGCCUGGCAUAUUGUCUGCAAGUGACAAAGCUGCCAUCCGGCCAACUGGCUCCAACAUCGAUAUCGCUGAGUGAUCUAGAUACAAAAAUUGACCGGUUUGCAGAUGCCGUGGCGGCUUUUGAUGUCCAAUCAGCGGAAGCACUGAAAGCAGCGGCAACAGAGCCCGAUAACCAUGCUCUUGACUUUAUGCCUCGCAUGGAGACAUUCCUCAUAUCAUCCUUCAUAUUGUCCCUUCGCCAGUCUGCCGCCCAAGUAAUGCUUAUGCUACGCCACUCGCGCACUCUUGUGGAACUUAGACAGCAACGCAGCAGAUCCCGUCUAUGGCUGCCCAAGCUUUCCAGCUUGAGCCCAUGGCCAUACAGCGGUGGUGCUGACCCCGGUGCGCCUGUCACUGAGAGCAGAACUGGUCUGGCCGGAGAUGGUGGCGAUGCGCCCAGAGAGCUCAAUCCCGCAGCUGCGCAAAAUGUCCGCGCUGAAAGUAUGCACCGCGCAGGAUCUGGCGAUGAGCAGAUCUCCAGUCCAAUUUAUAACGGCGAGAUACCUAAUCACACGAAGAACCAAGCGUCGAGCUUUUCACGAGUUGAACGGCUGCGAUAUGCUGCUGCCGAUGCACUAGAAUGGACACAGAAUUCGGAGGAUGUCGUUUAUUCGGUCAAGCUUUCCAUUGCGCUCUUUCUCGUCACCUGGCCAGCUCUUGUUCCAACCUGGAAUCAGUGGUAUGUCGAAGUGCGUGGAAUAUGGGCACCGCUACAGCUAAUCCUCGUUUUCGAACUCGCCAUCGGGACGUCACUCACCGUCUUUUUUGUGCGGCUCUUUGGCGUGGUGUUUGGCGGUGUCAUUGGCUACCUCUCUUACGAGAUAGCGCGCGGAAAUAGAGCCGGUGUCGUAGCCGUUGUGCUGCUUGGUAUUGUGCCGUCCAUCUACAUUCAAAUAGCUACCAAGUACGUCAAGGCAGGAAUGAUUUCCAUCAUUUCUAUGGCCGUCGUUGCGCUGUCCGCCGUUAAUACCAGUGCGCCUGGCUACGAAGUGUUCUAUAAACGUCUGGUAGCGUUUGUUAUUGGAGGCGUUGUAGCGGUCCUCGUUGAGAUCUUCAUUUUCCCCGUGCGAGCGAGGGACCGCCUUGUCGAUUCACUCUCUGCCGCCGUCUUGCAUGUGCAAAACAUGAACGCAGUCAUCGCUGUCGGAAUCGACCACCCGGAGCGGCCCAACUUUCGCUCUCGCAAGUUGUACGCCCGCUUCAAACGGGCCCGCGACAAGGCACAAGGCUGUCUAACGGCGGCAGAGUCCUAUCUCCCAUCUUGCCUUACCGAGCCUCGCCUGAAGGGCAGCUUCAAGCCUCUUGCGCCUAUUUACAGCGAGAUCAUAUAUGUCCUGCAUCAGAUCACGGACCGAAUGAAUACCGUGGUUCAGCUGCGAAGGGAAUACGGCUCCUCUGUCCUGGAGGACCUGAACCCGCGCGUAUAUGCCUAUCGCCGAAAUGUCAUGGGAAGCUGCAAUCUCAUUCUCUUUUCCGUGCACGAAGCCCUCACCACCUGGCUUCCUCUUCCGCAAUUUCUUCCCUCCGCCCGCCUCGCGCAGCUGCGCCUGAUCAACCGCGUGCGCGAAGUGCUGGACGCCGAGAGCGCCAAGGGCUCAACAUUGGCGCUGCGAAGGUACGUCGCCGGGCGCCUCGAGCUUGACGAGUUGACUGCCAGCACCAUCACGAAGCGCAAGUUCCUAUCAUGGAACGCGAGCACUGCGGGCCAGAUGGAGAUUAUCGAGUACCUCGAGGAGCUGACGGACCUGGUCAAGCUGCUCGUGGGCGUCAACGCGUUUCGGCGCGGCGUGCUCGAGGCGCCAAAGUACAGGCAGUAUAUGCAGCGCAAGGACGGGGGGGAGGAGACGGCGGAGGAGGGCGCCGGCGCGCCGGACCCGUUGGGGGAGGAGGAUGAAGCGGCAGGAGGUGAGGAUGAAUACCCAGACGUGAGCGUCGUUGCCAUCGUGGGCGGCACGAGGCGGUCCAGAGCGGCGACGGUCACGGAGAGGCCAGACAAUCGGCUGCUCGAGCGCACGGGGAAGUACUUGCACGGCGCCAAGGACUUGGAGAGUGGCGCGGGAGCCGCGGCCAGUGAGAUGGCCGUUGUCGACGAUGAGGAUGAGGUGGACGACAUUCCUGUAAGCCUGCAGCGGGUAGGCACGCGCCUGCGGGAGAAUAACGCAAUGGUGCGCAGUAGAGCGUUUACUAGUAGCAGUGAGAAACGGCCUUGA